AAUUGCAGGAGGGUACGAAUCGUCUUGCUGACGGCUUCGUUUGAAAGUGAUAGUAAUGGCGACUGGUCGUAUUCAUCUUCUGUUUAUUGCUGGAUGAAAUGAAAAUAUUUUUCUUAGUAGUAAUUUAUAAAUUUAAACUUUAUUUUCUUUAUUAUAAUCAAAAUCAUUCCUUUACUGUGGAUUUUUUCAUACGAAAAUCAACGAAGUCCAAACGAAAUGUUCCUUUCAAAAGAUUGGAAAAUUCCUCGACGGAAUCACAGGACCGCCACUGAGAUUCAAGAUAUUUUUUUCUUUCUUCUGAUACAAAAGAAUCAACUACGGAUUCUCACUCUCCGUAAUGGACGCUACUCAAGCAGAAUCUCUACGCAUGCUACUCGCCAACAAGGAAAUGGAGGUAACGGCACAGGCGGGUGCUGUAAGUGAGCUGAUGGCCGACGGCGCUGCUGAGGAGCUAAUUGAUGCCACUAUUGAAGCCCUUAACACCUUGAAGGCCGAGAAGGUUUCCAUAGCGCACCGCCUUCACGCUGCCGUCGUCCGCAGUAAUGGCCAAGUUAGCGCCAUCGACAGGGAGGCCUUCCGUCAAGCUGUCGUCAACACCCUCGAACGUCGUCUUUUCUAUAUCCCGGCCUUCAAGAUCUAUGGCGGCGUCGCUGGACUUUACGAUUACGGCCCCCCUGGCUGUGCCGUCAAAUCUAAUGUUCUUGCUUUCUGGCGCCAGCAUUUUGUUUUGGAAGAAAACAUGUUAGAAGUGGAUUGCCCAUGCGUCACGCCAGAGAUUGUAUUGAAAGCAUCAGGUCAUGUGGACAAGUUUACUGACCUUAUGGUCAAAGAUGAAAAGACUGGUACUUGUUACCGUGCUGAUCAUUUGCUGAAGGAUUUCUGCAAGGAGAAGCUUGAGAAGGAUCCCACCAGCACUGCCGAGAAGGUAGAAGAAUUGAGGCAUGUUCUUGCUGUCUUGGAUGAUCUCUCUGCUGAAGAAUUGGGUGCAAAGAUUAGGGAGUAUGGCAUUACUGCUCCAGAUACUAAAAACCCUCUUUCUUCUCCCUAUCCAUUUAAUCUAAUGUUCCAAACAUCAAUUGGACCGUCUGGCUUGAGCUCGGGGUUUAUGCGCCCUGAAACAGCACAAGGAAUUUUCGUUAACUUCAAGGACCUGUACUACUAUAAUGGCAACAAACUACCUUUUGCAGCAGCUCAAAUUGGUCAGGCUUUUAGAAAUGAGAUAUCCCCGCGCCAAGGUCUGCUAAGAGUGCGUGAGUUUACACUGGCUGAGAUUGAGCAUUUUGUGGAUCCUGAUGACAAGACCCACCCAAAAUUUUCUGAUGUUGCAAACUUGGAGUUCCUUAUGUUCCCCAGGGGAGACCAAGUAUCUGGACACUCAGCAAGGAGAAUAUGCCUUGGCGAAGCAGUUUCAAAGGGCAGCGUCAAUAAUGAAACACUCGGCUAUUUCAUUGGAAGGGUGUAUCUUUUCCUUACCCAUCUUGGCAUUGAUAAUGAGCGGCUACGUUUUCGGCAGCACCUGGCAAAUGAGAUGGCCCACUAUGCUGCAGACUGCUGGGAUGCUGAGAUUGAAUGUUCUUAUGGCUGGAUUGAGUGUGUUGGUAUUGCAGAUAGAUCUGCCUAUGAUUUGGGAGCUCACACGGUGAGUAAGAGCGCAAUAAUAGAUGUUUAUGGUUCAUUCUUUGUUACCAUAAAGAUGAUGAUCGAGCAAAGCCACUCUUUUACCUGUUAUAUGCAGGCCAUGAGUGAAAAGGAAGCAAUGGAAAUGAAAAGUUAUCUGGAGUCCAAGGAAGAAAUGCCGAUCUAUGUCUGUACUCUUGGGAAGUAUGUCACAGUAAAGAAAAACAUGGUGCAUAUCUCCAAGGAGAAAAAGAAGGAACACAAGAGGGUUUUCACACCAUCAGUGAUAGAACCAUCAUUUGGUAUUGGGAGGAUAAUCUACUGUCUUUAUGAGCAUUGUUUCUACACCAGGCCUAGCAAGGGUGGAGAUGAACAGUUAAAUGUUUUCCGCUUUCCUCCACUUGUGGCACCUAUCAAAUGCACUGUAUUCCCACUGGUACAGAAUCAACAAUAUGAGGAAGUUGCCAAACACAUUGCUAAAUCAUUGACUGCUGCUGGAAUCUCCUAUAAGAUUGAUGUGACAGGUACAUCAAUAGGCAAGCGAUAUGCAAGAACAGAUGAACUCGGAGUUCCAUUUGCCAUCACGGUUGAUUCAACUUCCUCAGUGACAAUCCGGGAGAGGGACAGCAAAGUUCAAAUCCAUGUUAGUGUGGACAAAGUAGCAAAUGUGAUAAAAAAAGUUACUGAAGCUCAGAGCACUUGGGAUAAGAUGCUAUUCAAAUACAAUACUGCAUCCUCCCUGCAGACUGAGGAAUCAAAAUGAAAAAGCUUCUAGUUCUAUUUUCACGUGCACAAGGAUUGAAGAUCCGUCACCAUGGGAAAAACAAAAUAUAAAUGUAUGUUAUUCUUUUUCUCUUUCCUAACUUCUAUACUUUCUUCUAGUGAUUAAACGCAGUUCCAUGACUUGUUUCUUGUUAUUGCAUAACCAUUAUCUUAUUUUAACUAAACGUAAACACAUUUAUGCA